AUGACGCUACGGGAUGAUUCCAGCAAGUCAAGGCCCCUUGCGAAUUCAGUACGCACCACAGUCGACGUUGGUUCGUGGACUACAGACUUCGACGAGGCAGAUGAAGAUAAAUACUACUCUCAGGCAUCUCCCCCGGUUGCGGAUGUUUCAAUGCCAACCACGUCUCGCGAGGAGACCUGGAGGUCUCACCCCAUCUCGAUGUUUCGCGAUAAAUACCGCGGGCAGCAACCCGGAGACCGAAAACUACCAACGAACGUCAGACAAUUCUACAAGAAUCAAGACAAGCUAAUACAGGACCUGCAGUCGACCCUGUCCCUGCUCAACACCAACGAAGAGGAGGACCUAAUGAGGCACGCUGCCGCCAGGAAACAGUACUUAGUCAACAACAUCCUCAUCAAGGUUGCCUUUUUCCUCAAUUUAGUAAGCCUCCCCCCCUCCCCCUCCCCUCCCGGCGCCACCAAAUCAGCUCCUGUUGAUCGGCAAGAUGGCGGCGUCAAUUCUCUCACACUCGCUCUCAAUCAUCUCCUCGCUGAUGGAAAGCGCGGUGGAUUUGGCGUCGGGGUUCACACUCUGGUUCACCGCCUACCAGAUGCGCAAGUCCCUGCCCUACACUUAUCCAACAGAACGUUUAACCUUAAUGUAUCACUCGUGACCUCUGUGAUUCAUGUUUUAGGUCGAAAACGACUAGAACCUAUAGCAGUGAUCAUUCUUUCCGCGAUCAUGGGAAGCAUAUCGGUGCAGAUAAUGAUCGGAGCGGCCCAGACAAUUUACAACAUGGCUGUGAAUGACCAGGGACCCCCACGCAUGACCGAUGUCACAAUUGGACUUGUCGCGUCGACAAUCGGUACGACAACCUACUCCCUCUUCCUCUCUCCGGUAAAAGUGGGUCUGUUUGUGGCCUGCUGGAAGUUCGGCAGAGGCGAGUCGAUCGCUGCACUGAAGAAUGACCAACUGAACGACUCCAUUAGCAACUCUGUUGCCCUCGUUUUCAGCACCUUAUCAGCACGAAUAGAGGGGAUCCCCUGCUUGAAGUACCUUGAUCCAUCGGGGGCUCUGUUGAUCGGGAUCUACAUCGUGUACAGCUGGUGGAAAAUGGGCGCAGAGCACACGCGCAACCUCACCGGGCACAGCGCCGACCCGGUCUUCCUUCAACGAAUUACAUUUAUCUGCGUCAACCACCACCCCUUAAUCGAGCGUCUAGACACCGUGAGGGCGUUUCACCUUGGCAACAACUACAUGGUCGAAGUCGACAUCGUUCUGCCACGGAACUUGGACCUGCACAAAGCCCACGACAUUGGUGAAACACUUCAACAGAAGCUGGAGUCCCUGGAAGAGGUGGAACGCGCCUUCGUCCACCUCGACUACGAGGUCGCGCAUCACCCCCAGUCGGAGCACAAGAUGGCGUAA